GAAAUUUUAAUAUUAUUUCUUGUUUUUCAUGUAUCAAAUGAUUUGCUUAAAGGGAGCAGAAUUUUGGAACUAAAAGCAUCAAGAAACACAACCAUUUGUUCAUCAAUUCCAGUAUGGAACAUUACCAAUUCUAUCGUAGUUGGAUGUACGAUAGAAUGUUUCCUGGACGACGUGGGCUUAAACCACUUUUUAUGAAAGGAGUUGCCGCGUUUCUCUCGUUUGCGUUUGCUCAAGAAUGUUGUCGCAUGGAAGGAGGGGUAAGGUGUCCGUGUUUAAAGUGUGGUUGCAGAAAUAUUAUUAGUGACCCUAGUGAAGUGAAACGUCACUUGGAGAGAGUGGGUUUUAGGCCAAAUUACUGGGUUUGGACAUCUAAUGGGGAAACAAUGCAGGAGAUGAAUAGAGAGGCUUCUAGUAGUCCAACACAUAUAGAACCAGAUAUAAAUAGAGCUGAUCCAGUGAGUAGUUCAUCACAAAUGCAAUGCCAAGAGCAAUUUAAUCUCGUCGAGGAGAUGUUCACUGACGCAUUAGGGGUGAAUGUGGCGUAUGAUGAACCACAAGACAUAGAUGGAGAAGAGCUCCCGAAUGAGAAAGCUCAAAGGUUUUAUCAGUUGUUGAAAGAAAUAAAUAUACCAUUGUUUGAGGGGUCUUCUGACUCUAAGCUAUAAAUGUGUGUGAGACUUUUGGCUGCGAAGUCAAAUUGGAAUGUUCCUGAUCAGUGUUUAGAAUUCUUUGCGAGAAUGAUGUUGGACGCGACUCCUGUGAAAGAAAACAUGCCUAUAAGUUAUUAUGAUGCAAAGAGGGUGGUGUCGAAGUUGGGAUUAGAAGUAAAAAAGAUUGAUUGUUGCAUUAGAGGUUGCAUGUUGUUUUAUGACAACGAAUUUGGUACAAAUGAUGGGGAAUUGGAGGA